AUCUUCAGUCAACUCGGACGCUUUCCCUCAAUCGGUAGUGCGAUCUCUCUUCUAGGAAGUAAAGAUAUCUACUCAAGUGCGAUAUUUAAAUUGAAUUGAUGUCACAAAAAUAAAAAAAAAUAAAUAAAAAACAAAAAAAAAAAAGGAUAUAAUGAUUUAAUUUUCCUUAAGGCUCUAAAAAAUAAUUUGUUUUCUCCCAAACAGCCUCUGAGCUUUUAUGUGAAGUCCUUGCACUUCGAGUGGAUUAUUUGAAUUAUUUCUUAACGCGGAAAUAUACCUAAAAAAAUUGUUAAAAAAAUAUCUUAUUGGUUAUCCUUGAAGGAUUUGAGAUUGUAAUUAGAAUUAAUUCCCAACAAAACCAGUGUUAGUGGUGAAUUUUUCAAAUUUUUGAUUGGAUAUUUUAAUCAAAAUCCUUUGCGAAAUUCUUGUCUCAAAUUACUAAAUAUUCUAGAUUUCUAGAUCGCACGUUUAACGUCGGGUACAAUUUAUAGAUUUAUUGGAAUAAAAAACACAUCCUUGGGAUUGUUUUUAUCAGCAGUUUAUUAUCCUCUUUUGGAUUACAUUUUAUUGAAUUGUCUUACGACAACAAGUGUUGUGUUGUUUUGUCUCAUAAUUAUACUGAGUAUUUUUUUGCAAGGAAUUGUGUGCAAUUAAUUGGUAUUAAUUAAUUCAUUAACAAGAAGUGGCCCUUUGAAGCAUUUGAAGCGAAUUAAGAUCAAUUACAAGGAAAUGAAAAAUUCCAAGUGUUGAUAAAAUUAUUAAGAAAAGAAGUUUUUAUGUGAGUGUCUUGUGAAGGAGGUCAGUGACGGUUAAUUGGUGGUGUAUGUGUAAAAAAAAUACAAAUAUUAGUUAAAGUUAAAAAGAAAAAUAAAUUAAAAAAAAAAAAAAAACAAAGUUUUAAAAUACUUUCAUUCCUCGAAGAAAUCAACUUAAAUACUAGGAAUUACACACUUUGAUAUCAACUCGUGUAUAUAUUUUUUUCCCGGAAAUAAUAUAACUCACCUUGUCAUGGAUUGUUAAAGAUCAUGCGAUAUAUCCAAAAAGGAACACAAAAUAAGGAAAAACAUUUAUGGAAUUUAAUGAUUAGGUGUUCUCAUCUGUGAAAAAAAAAAUGCUGCACAACUCAAAUUACACGUAUAACACAUAGCAUUGUUAAGCUAGAAACCUAGUUUGUGUGGAACGAAAAAAAAGUUUAAAAUAAACUUGUUAAAGGCAAAUAUAGGUAAUCAAUUAAAAAAGAAAAAAAAAAUACUUACACACAAAGAGAGAGAGAAAAAAAUAUCGGAAAAACAUAAAAAAAAACUUUUGCUCUUUUGCCUAUAACCACUCAUGUUAUUUGCCUCAUUGGAAGGACGAACGACGGACGGCAGACGGACUGCUGCUGCUACGCUAUAUAAGGCUAAGAUUCAAUUUUAACUCGGACCAUAUAAAAAAAAAAACUUUACUACACUAUAAAUGUAGUUAUAUCUACGUCGGUCGUCUUCAUCCAUCCAUGCCCAGAUCGAAUUGUUCGGCAAUGAAAUAAAACUUUGCCUAUCAACGGGCCAUAAUAAUUUUAAUAUACAAAACUUCGUAUCUACUAUAUUUAUCCACCGCAUUCAAUACACACAUUUUUAUCUUUAAUUUCGUUUUGAAAAGUUGAACAAACUUUCUAUCCAAUCGAAUCGAAUUCUGGGUCUCAAUUUAGACUUAUUGAUCGGUGGCGAAAAGCAAAAGAACUGUAGUUGUCCUUUUCUCACACAUACUUCGAUACCAUAUCCCCAGAGUGUUUUCUGCAUCAAAAUGACGAAAAGACCAAAUGAUAUUACCAAUAGUAAAAAACUCAAAAGACGAAUUCAUCAUCAUCAGGAACAGGAACAGAAGAAUCUUGAUAAGGAGAACCAAGAACAGCAACAGCAAAGGACGACGACUGCCAUCGUUUUUCCCACAAUAGAUCCCUCAAGUGAACAGACAAGCAAUAUUAAUUUUGGUAAACCGAAGAACUGCAUUGCAAAACAGUCUUCUACUUCUUCGUCGUCGUCGUCGAACCUUGGUACUUUUCAAAAAACUUUGCAGCCACUCAAAGAAGAAGAACUUUCGGUCCAAAUCACUGCUGCAUCAAGUUCUAAGGCAACAGCCGAACAACCGAAGGCCACCAUCACCACUACCACCGCCACUAUCGCCACCGCCACUACUGCAACUGCCCUAAAAUCUUCCUCGUUAGUAAACUCAAAGAGAAACCCUCCACUAUCACGGGAUCUGGAUCUGGAACAACAGCAACUGAAACUAAGAAAUUUGUGCAUACAGACAGCUGCAGCAAAAAAGGCUGCCCAAACGAUGAUGAUGGUGACUCCAAAUGAAACCACCGAAGAUACAGAAACAGCGUCAGCAUUUGAAGCUGCUGCUACUCCAACAAAAAAUGAAGCUUCAAUAACAACAACAGCAACAACAACAACAACCACUACUACCACUACAACACCAUUAACAAGGCCAUACCAAGGAGUUGAAGUUAGAGAAGCAUCAUCAUCGUCAUCAUCAUCAUCAUCAACAACAUCAUCAUCGUUCGUAGCCAGCAACAGCAGCAAUAUAGCAGCAGCUGAAAGUUCUUCUUUGCAAGUCUUCUCGUCCUCCUUCAGCAGUUCAAGGAGGAAGCCGAAAAGAAAACUUUUACAACCAUCACUUGAUUGCUUCUUAGUUACUGCAAUAUUCAGUACAAUUUUCCUAAUGGUUGGGAAUUUUCAAAUCGGUGGUGUAACAGCUAACAGCAGUUUAAUGGGAAGCAAACAUGAACCAAUGUUCAUUUCUCGUUCGGAAACAUUUAAAUUUGUUGCUAGUGAUACAAUAGUGCUGCCCUGUGAAGUUGCCAAUACAGAUUCAUAUGUAGUUGCUUGGAAGCGAGGUAUUGCGAUACUAACUGCCGGCUCAGUAAAAGUAACUCCAGAUCCAAGAGUACGACUUAUAAACGGCUAUAAUCUCCAAAUUAGAGAUGCUGCGCCCCAAGAUGCCGGCGACUAUAUCUGCCAAAUUGCAAUGAUGGAACCUCGAGAAAUUACUCAUACGGUGGAAAUUUUGGUACCUCCACGGAUUCAUCACAUAAGUACGGGAGGACAUUUGCAAGUCAAAAAAGGUUCCUCAGUAAGAAUUGAAUGCUCAGCAUCGGGUAAUCCAACGCCAAACGUUACGUGGAGUAGGAAAAAUAACAUUUUACCAAGUGGAGAAGAAAAACUUCAUUCACAUAUUUUGUCAAUAGAAAAUGUUGACAGGCAUAAGGGAGGUGUUUAUAUUUGUACGGCCAAUAAUGGAGUCGGACAACCAGCUUCAAGUCAAGUUGUCCUUCAUGUUUUAUAUCCACCCGAAAUAUCGGUUGAAAGGCCUACAGUAUUUUCUGGAGAAGGUCAUGAAGCAAUGUUGGUGUGUAUAGUGCAUGGAGAAACACAACCUGAGGUUAUAUGGUUUAAGGAUACCAUGCAAUUAGACACAACCGAACGUCAUAUAAUGGAAAAUCGUGGCUCACGUCACACGUUGAUUAUACGUAAGGUACAUCCUCAGGAUUUCGGAAAUUACUCUUGUGUUGCGGAAAAUCAGUUGGGAAAAUCAAGAAAAACUCUUCAACUAAGUGGGAAACCGAAUGUUGCUGUAUUCAAUUCGCCACAAAUUAGCCAAUACAAGGACAGAUACAAUAUAUCGUGGACGGUGGACUCGUACUCACCAGUUGAAGAAUUUAAGUUGUCCUUCCGAAGGUUACCACAAGGACACGAGGUCGUUGCAGACAAUACCAUUGAACAAUCGAACAGCAUGUUGCAAGUAUACAAUGGUGGUAAUAGUGGCAGCAGUGGGAAUGUGGGUGGAAGAUUCGGCUUAGGACUCGACAUUGGCAAUGGUGGUGGUCAUAAUCAUAGAAUCACUAGUGGAUAUGGCAUUCAUUGGAGUAGAAACGAUUGGAGGGAUGUUGUUUUGCCGGCAAUGCCAUUGUCACAUCAUUACACACAGGGAAUGAGUUAUAUGAUUCGUGCUCUCGAACCGGAUCAGCAUUACGAGGCAACAGUACAAGCGAGGAAUCGUUAUGGAUGGAGUGAUCAGACACACAGUUUUCUGUUUUCAACGUCAUCCAACGAUGGACUCAUUGACUUGUCAUCAUUUCUUAAUCAUGGCUCGUCAGAUAAUGAAAUGCGUGACUUGAGUGUGACAUUCUAUGGUGGAUCCGGUCAAAUAAAACACACCACCAUAACAUUUACAAAUUUAAGUAUUCUUUGUAUAACAAGUAUUUUGGUCAUGAUAAUACCCAGAGUUUUUACUUAAAUUAAAUAAUAAAACAAAACUAUAUAGAAAAAGAAAAAUGUUAAAAAUGAAAACAAACAGAACACAAAAAAUACAAUCUAAAAAUAUAAAUUAAAACAAAAAAAGAAAUAUAUAUAUAAUUGCAUCCGUCAUAAUUUCAUAGCAAAUAACUAGAUAUAUAAAAUAAACAAACAAACAAAAAUAAAACAAAACAAAAGACGAAUCAACUCAUCGCCAUUUUUAAUAUAAAUCAUAUAAGAAAAAUUUUAAAAAUCAUUUUCACCGAAUAUCUAUAUACAAAAUAAAUAACAAAAAAAAAAAAAAAA